AUGUACGGCACAGGCAUGAAUCCCCGUAUGAUGAACCAUUAUUUGAGAGUGGCACAUGAAAUGAAUAAUUAUGUUGCUUCGUCAGCACAUAACUAUUAUCGAACUCAAACCUAUUCGUUUCUUCGCGAUCGGCGCAACUUCCUAACAGCAUAUCAACCACAAACAUUGAUGACUGCUGGCGUCGGUAACAUGCUUGCCUAUGGUUUAUAUGCACUUCGAAUGCCUCAAUCAGUAGUGAACUUUGGCUAUAGACUUGGCUAUAUGAUGGAUACACAUGCGGUCUAUUAA